AUGCCCAACAAUAAAUCUCUUGAUCACCAAAAUUCUCCUUUCAUGUUCAACUUUCACCGCAAUCUACUUUUGACUGUUGAAAGAUGGUUAUACGAUGAAGGGAUUUACUGCAAGUCGAUGAAGUGCAAGGCUGGAAUUGACAUGAGGUUGAUUGAAGUCAAGAAAGAUGGACAACCAAACCUCACAUGGAAGUGCACCCAUCGCCCAUCUGAAAGCUGCAACCGUCAAAAGAAGUCUAUUCGUGAAGGAAGCUUUUUCUCGGGGCUCAAGAUCGGCAUGCAUCAAGUUCUUGGAAUUGUGUGGCUCUACCUUUACAAGUUGGAAUUCCAGGCUAUUCAAGACCUAACAGGUGUAUCUGCACCAACCAUUCGUGCCGUUGUGCGCUUGUUAUAUCGUUUGAUGAAUGCCUGA